ACAUUUUUUUAAUUUUAAAAUUAAAAACAUGGUUCACAUAAAAGUAAAUAUACAGCUGUUACUUUUGAAAAUAUGCUUCUUCUUUGUGUUUGCAUGUUUAGGACCUACAGUUGGAUUUUUACCUACAAUAGCAAAACAAUUAGGAUACUCAUUAACAACUUUUGGCGUGACUAUGACGUUCAUGUCGUUAGUAUCGAUGAUUUGUGUACCUUUGACUGGUGUCAUUGUUGAUAAAUUUCGGAUAAAAAAAAUAUUAUUGUUAGUGGUCAUACUUGGAUCAGGAGUGGUUUCAUUAUUGUUCUUGUUCGUACCGAAAGCACCUUUGGACGUAGACACAACCGAAUUAAAAUGUGACGCAGAAACUAUUUUCACUGUUUUCAACGAAAAUAAUUUAAAAAUGACGAGUAAUAACACUAUAAACUAUAAUAGUAGUAAUGAAAUAAUAACGUGCAAGUUAAAAUGUCGAUACGCAGAGUUAUGUAGUGAUUAUGAAAUAGUUAAUUUAAACAAUCAAUCUGACUUGAGCGAUUCAUGGAUAAGUACAAUUAAUGAUAUCAAAAAUCAAAAUAAAUACAACCAAAUCGACUUGACAUUAAAAUUGAAAAAUAUGGAAAAAAAUAUGAAACAAAUUGCAAAUUCAUACGUAUUUCAAGUAUUAUCUAUUCAAAUGAAUGAUACGCAAAUACUUUCACCGACCUGUCAAUGCUAUUUAAAAACAUUUUGUCAUGUUAUGAAUUGUUCAAAUAAUAAUAAUAUAAUGGACAUAGCUGCUGUCACAACAUACAGAGGAAAUGUUCUUAACUUGUAUCAAUUUUGGAUUUUUUUCAUACUCGUUGCCACAAACUGGGCCUGUCAAACGGUUAUAGUUUCUUUAAUAAAUCCUAUUUGUCUCGACACGUUAGGAGAAAAAUCUUCAGAGGAUUUUGGAAAACAAAAAUGUUGGGCGUCAAUUGGUUGGGGAAGUUUUUCUAUAUUUAUCGGGUGGCUCGUGGAUAUAUUUAGUAUUAAUAAAAAAGAUAAAGAUUAUUCACCAGUAUUUUAUUCAAACAUUAUAAUGACAAUUCUUAAUUUUGGAGUAGUAUAUAAAAUAAAAGUCGUUGAAACGAAUAAAUCCAAAGGUAGAUGGAAGAAUAUGUAUGGCUUGUUUACUGAAUAUUAUAUGAUUUCCUUUUGCAUAUGGUCAAUAUUCAACACGCUUUUUCAUACAAUAGUAACUCACUUUCUAUUUUGGUACAUGGAAGAUUUAGUUUCUGCUAAUAAUGAUCAUAAUAAACAAGCAUGGUUAAAAACACUUCAAGGUCUAGCUCAAGGCAUCCAAUGUUUCGGCGGUGAAAUACCAUUUUUUUUCUGGUCUGGUUGGAUAAUUAAAAAAUUUGGUUAUGGCAACUGUAUGGCCAUAGUGCUAGGAGCUAUGGCUAUAAGAAUGUAUCUGUAUACAGUCAUAUGGAAUCCAAUUUGGAUUAUUGCUAUUGAGUUAUUGAAUGGAGUGUCGUAUGCGUUGGGAUUCGCGGUGAAAAUGUCAUAUGCAAAAAUGUUGGCACCUCCAGACACACUUAACACCAUUAUUGGGUUUAUAGGAUUAUUCGAUUGUAUAGGUGAAUCUAUAGGUAGUCUACUGGGUGGAUAUUUAUUCGACACAUAUGGUGGAGUGUGGUCGUUUCGAUUUUUUGCUUACACGUCUAUUGUUAUGUGUUUUAUAAGUAUAGUAACCAAUUAUUUUGGAUUGGUGAAGGAACCCAUUACUGUAAAAAUUAAUGCUGAAUCGACAAAUAUGGAUAUGAAAAUUACUAAUAAUGAUAUAGACAAAAAAAUAUGAUUUUUUUUUUAAAAAGUAGUUGGUAUAUUUUUUACAAAUGUCCUACUAACUACAAGUGAAGUAUACUUAGAAACGCUGGUCUAUCAACUAUUUGCUCAUCUCAGUUUAAAUAUUUGUAUGCUUAAUGUUAUAACUAUAAAUAAAUAUUUUAUUAUUUAUUUGGUUAUAAUUACGCGAUCAAAAAUCGGUUUUCAUACAUAACAAUAUUCAGAUAAAUGUACUGCUUAGAAAUAAGAAAUUAGAAAUGUGUGUAUUAAUAAAAUAAAUAAUC